AUGUCCAAGGUCAUCCAUAAGAGGCAGGUCGCCCUCAAACAGGGUCCUUACAGACCCUUUGUGAGUAGCGAUAUCUACAACAAAGUGUUUGCUGUAAACUUGAAAAUCCCUGACUUUGCGUUAGCCGUGCUACUGGCGGUCUCUUUCAUUCUUCGACAAAUACGAAGCGGCGGCCUAAGCCAAGCACCCCGUCGCGCAGAACUUAAAAUCACAGAGGCGGUAAACCACUACAUCGAUGGCGACUUUUAUAUUUCUUCUUUUCCUCCACCAAUCAUGCAACUAUUGGCUUUCUCAGCAAAAAUUACUGGAAAUCUGUCCAUCGAGCUACUGAGAAAAAUCAACCUUGUAGUGGCAGCUGCCACUGUGUCGGCAGUUUACCUCAUGCUGCGUCAAUCUAGCAUUACCUGCGCUAUCUCGGUGGUAGCAGCAGCUGCUCUAUCACGUUUACCGCUGUUUGUGGAAGAAAGUAUCAGUUUCUCAGCCGAACUUCCACAGCUGCUGUUCUUAACGGGCAGUUUAUUGAGUUGGAACAUCUUCAAGCGCUGUAGGUUCAGUACGAAGGGCUGGUACCAGAGUUUGUUUCUAUUGACUUUGUUCAUAACGUUCAGCGUCGGAACCAAAUUCCUAGGAAUAGUCACCUGGGCUUGGUUUUUGCUGCUUUUGAUCAGACAAGCAUGGAAUACAAUCGGUGACGUGAAUGUCAAAAACUGGGACGUCGCCAGAAGCAGCUCUUGGAAAGUUGCGACUGUCGGAAUACUGCCCCCGAUAACUCUACUUCUCUCGUACUUCGUUUUUCUGUCAAAUUCUAGAGGACCUUCACUUGACCACUCGGGCUUGGUAUCACCAUACUUCGAAAAUUGGUUCUUGCCGCAGCCAAUGCCACAACCCGAUGUGGUAUAUUAUGGAAGCAAAAUAGUUAUCAGACAUGCGCAAUCGCUGGGUGGCUAUCUUCAUUCUCAUAAUUACACUUAUCCCGGCGGAUCUGGUGAGCAACAAGUGUCUCUUUUUCUGCAUUCCAAUGACGGCGACAAUGAGUGGAUCGUGGAGCCAUAUUCACAGGACUUGGAGUACGAAGGAAAGCUUGAGCCGGUGCGGAAUUUCGCUUUGAUAAAAUUAAGACAUAAAUCCACGGGUAAACUCUUAAGAGCUUCUGCCGCGAAACCACCAAUUAGUGAACAAGACCACGAUCAUGAGGUUUCAUGCACGGGAGACGUUACAUACAAUGGAGACUCCGACGAGUCGUGGAGGAUUAGGUUUGAAAGGGGCAUGACUGUUCACGAUGCAUUUUUGUGCCCUUACACUGUCUAUUUCAGUCUGGAUAAUCUGGGCCAGAGUUGCAAGCUUCUUAGCCAUGACUUGAGGCUGCCUGAUUGGGGAUUUGGACAGCAAGAAGUACUCUGUGUGGAUUCGGCGGACAAAGAGCGGUCACUAUUUUUCGUGGAUAGGUCCAAUCUGUACAGAGAACGCGGAGCAUAUCUUCCGAGACCCAAGGAUUGGAUAGGUAAAACUCUGUGGAAGCUCACCAAAGAGUAUGUUCAACGGCAGUACAAGUACAAUUACUAUUUGGAAAACAAGGAUUUGAUGAGCGAUAUUAAAAUGGACAACUGGUUAUGGUCAACAGCGGAUGACACAAGCACAAGGUUCGUAUGGUUCACGCCUUUAGCGUGUUUAGCCAUCUACCUUGUUGUUGAAAUGAGUGGGUGGGUGCGCUGGAAUCCGUGGGCAAAGCCCGUCUCAAAAAUAGACCCAGUCAAGUUCUUGUAUUUGGACAAUUGCGGUGAUCUCACGGUUGGGUGGUUCAUGCAUUACUAUAUUUUUACGUGGUGCAAACAUGAGAAUCUUGCCCUUGCACAGUACCUGCCCGGUUACUUACUGACACUGAUUCUUGCUGCAUACACGGCCAAUUUUUUCUGGCAGUUGAGCUCAGCCAGUCGUUUCCUUCUCAUAGGAUAUGCUGCAACUGUUAUUAUCGCUGCUUACAUGUGGCCCUGA